AUGGCCAUGGAGAAGACCUUCUUGUCUAUUAGCACUUUCUCAUUCUCACUCUCUUUGCUUCUCCUCCUCGUCGGCACCUCCUUUCCAGGCCGCGCCGCUGAGCCAGAUAGGACGCAGGAUGCAGUGAAGGACAUUAAUGGUAAUAUAGUCAAGUCAGGAGAAAUAUACCUCAUGUACACUCCCGAUGGCAAUUUCCCUAUCAUCUAUAGUACCAACGGUGAAAGUGUAUGCCCGUCUUUUGUCGCCGCAGACUUAUCUGGUCGUGUCGCCUAUCCUCUGAGGAUCCACCUAGCAGACCCCGGGGAAACUACUGUUCGUCUCAACACUUCAGUUAGCUUCCAGUUUAAUGACACCAUUUCCUGUGUCAAUAGCACUGUGUGGCAGGUGGCACCGGUGAGCCAAAAUGGCAACGUGCAGCGUUUAGUAACACUUAACGGAGCACAAGGCUCGCCAGGGUGCAAUACGGCGCUAACCUGGUUCAAGCUCAUAAAGGACCCCAGAGACGCCUACAAUAUUGUGUUCGACUCUAGUGAGGUCUGCAACAUCCCCAUGCAACGCUAUCUCGUCGCCACAGGCACCACUAUUGAAAACGAAGCUCAGCUUUUGCAACUUGUCAAUACGGCUCCGAUACGAGUGUUAUUCCAGUCGGCCGAUUGA